AUGACUGGUUCAUCAUCAAUAUCAUCCUCUAGUGACGAUUACGAAUCAAACGAUUACGAAUUAAUCAAUAAUGUUGUUACGCAAAUGAAUGUUGUUUUUAAUCCCCAAGCCAUAGGUGCGUGUCUUAACGUUAUUUUUGACGAAGAAGAAAACCAAAGCCAAGAAGCCUCAAGUUCUUCAAGACCCAAGUUGACUAGAAGGUUCUUCCACAAAGGCCCGACAGAUGCUAGUGGUCGUCCCGAUUUCAACAUUUUCCAGAAAUGUACUUCUGCCAUUCGCCAGUUAGCGUAUAGCUUUAAGGCUGAUGCUUUAGAUGAGUACUUGCAAAUGGCUCAAGAUAUGGGCUACCAGUGUUUAAACGCUUUCUGCAAGUGUGUUAUACAACUCUAUCGUGACGAGUAUUUGAGAAAGCCAACAGAAGCAGAUAUCGAACGGUUGACUGCUAAACAUGCUGAGGUUCAUGGGUUUCCGGACAGGGCUCCUAAAGUAGAGUUUUCGGUUAAUGGGGAGCAGUUUCAAAAGGGAUACUACCUAGCGGAUGGUAUUUAUCCAGAAUGGGCUACUCUUGUUAAGUCAUUCAAGUGCCCACUAGACCCAAAAACCACCAAGUUCAAAAGAUACCAAGAAGCUGCAAGAAAGGAUGUCGAGCGAGCAUUUGGGGUUCUUCAAGGUCGUUGGCAGAUCAUUGAACAAUAUGCGCAGCCAUACAGUACGAAUAAGAUAAAACGGAUCAUGUUAUGUUGUGUGAUUCUCCACAACAUGAUCGUUGAAGAUAACGAGCACGCAAUUACAGAGUUUAAAGAAGAGUUGAUAGCUAAUACUAGACUCCCAACUCGUACGUGGACUGAAAGGUGUUCGACGCAGCUUCGUAUGUACAUGGAGUUGUGUGAUAGAAGGGCUCACCAUCAACUCCGCAAUGCCCUGAUUGAACAUGUUUGGAACCUUCCGGAACACGGUUGUCAACGUUGA